AUGACGUCGCUGAAUCUGAACCCAAACCUGUUAAUCAAACUUUCAUCUUUUCCCAUCAGUUGGAAGAAUAAGAAUCCAAAGAGGAGCAAGUUUAUUAUUGUGGAGCAGCACCCAAGGAUACAAGACUUGGAUUAUGUGCUAGUUUCAAUCGACAAAGAGAAUUUGGAGCCCACAAUAUUAACUAAGAUCGAUAAUCCCUUUCCUGACCGUGUCUUUCAUCCGUACGAUUCUUGCAAUGGUUUGAUUUUACUUUUGUAUGAUAACAUUUGGGGUAAAGAUGCCGACAUUAUUCCCCAGGAGGCUCUUUGGAAUCCGACAACCAACGAAAUCAAAAUCCUUCCUCCAUCUCCCGCAACCUUGGACCCAAGUUAUAAGGACUGUAAGAAGAAAAUUUGCAAUCAUUUUGGUUUCGGGUAUGAUUCCACAUCUAACGACUACAAGGUGAUAAGAUUUCUGGAAAGUUGUGAUCGAUCCCUUCCCGUGGCCGAAUUAUAUUCUCUCAAGACUAACUCAUGGAAACAAGUGCUCCUUAGUCCUUUUUGCUUUGAUCCGUACGGUCAUCCAUUCGUGAAAGUUCACGCAAAUGGCACUUAUUACAGGUUAGAUAUCGACGAAUACUUUAUUCACAAAGACGCCAAUUCUAUCCGGUCUUUUAACUUUGCUACGGACGACUUUGAUAGAUAUUAUAUUCCUAUGCCCCCGAGUGAUAAGUUGACUCAUGAUUAUGACUGUUGUGAUAUGAGGCUCGUUGAAUAUCGGGGCUCACUCGGUUUUUUGGCUUCGAAUCCUGGUUUCAUGGAAGACGACCUGAAUUAUGAUUGUUUAGAACUUUGGGUGUGGGACGACGCUAGUUGGUCGUGGGCCCUAGAGUCCACAUUUUGCGUCGAUAAGAUGCGUAGUUUUAUGGGCCUCUUUGAGAAUGAUAAGUUGUUUUAUCUAGAGUCACGGUUGGGGGGUGAUCUGAUGGUCCAAGAUUGUGCAAUGAAUAGGGUGAUGAACCUAUCGAAUGUCUGUACUCAUAGGGUGGGCAAGGUAUUCCCUUUUGUUGAAAACUAUGUUUCGUUGAGCUCGUGUGGAAAAUGA